AUGAGCUUGUUCUCGUGGAUGGACAGCCAACGCUUUGCUGUGGAGCUUGAUGAGACAACGCCGUUUCCACUCACGAGUGCUACCACUGCCUUUAACAUGUUUCAGGCGGUGGUAGGAAACAGCGGUAGUGAAGGGAUUACUACAAGUCGCAUGUUUAAUGGCAUUGUGGAUAUCACGGUGGCGUUGUUUCUUGCGGCUGCGGCACGGCACUUCUACCGUUUUAUGAAAGAGACAUGGCCAGCGUGGGUGGCGAGGUGGGUGCGAAGAUUCCUGGACCGGAGCAACACGAAGGACGGGGCGGCAGUUGAUGUGUUCAGGCAUCAACCGGAGGAGUUUGCGUUUGACAAUGAGCUGCUAGUGACCGCACUGGAACGGUACGUCUCGCACCUGCUUCACACUGAUGUGGGGCUACUCCAGCAGCAGCAGCAGCAGCAGCAGUCGAAAUACAGUGAGAGCACCAACAGGGCCAAUGACAAUGAUGCCCUCCAAUUGUCGUCGCGACAGCUCCGCAUGGCAGAUUAUCGCUUCGUACCGGUAUGUGCGCCAGAUGGAACCAACCGCGGGGAUUUGGCGGGCACUCUGCGACGCCACUAUCGUCUCCUGUUGUUGCCGGCAGAGGGCCACGUGUUGGAGGUGGAGCCUGGUCUCACAGUGUGCUUCCAGCAGCAGAGAGUGCCGACCGCAACGCUGAAGGCGGGCAAGGUUUUCCCGCGUCGUGCGGAGCAGGGCGACCUGAAUAGGUUCCCCCCGCUAAACUUCGACAUUCACCCGACCAGGCGCGACUUGGUGGACACCAGAAGCACCAAGAGCGACGGCGAUAGUCGUGACGCCGACGAGGAGGAGGGUGAGGAGCCGCUGACAGACGGUACGGUAUCUGAGACUGGUAUGGCACGGUGUGCGAAGAAUACAAUUGUGCGUCAAGCGGUGCUGCAGUGCACAGACAACCCCAGAGACGGAAAAGAACGCAUCAUGGACUUUGCCAGUCGCGCUUAUGCGUGGUACUACCCCACUGUGACAACGCCUGUGGAGCGCUACUAUUUCUAUCCUGCCAACACCGAGAUGCAGCAAGCAGUGGCGUGGGAGGUGUACGAGCCCAGUGAUGUUUCACAACGACUUCACAUGUUGCGGUUCCCGAUCCCCGAUGGAAGGAACAGCUUCCACUCGCUCUUCUUUCGCCAGAAGUCGCAGCUCCUCUGUAUUCUUGAAGACUUCCAGCAAAAGCGAGGUAGGUUUGCGGUUCCGGGUGUGCCACAUCAGUUGGUCAUUCUCCUACAUGGUGCACCAGGUACAGGGAAGACUACCGCUUUGCGCAGUAUAGCCAAGUUCCUCAAUCGGCACAUCGUUGCGAUACCAAUUGAAUUCAUUCAAACAAACGGCACGCUGCAGGAGGUGCUCUCCGGUGGAACAGCGUUACUUCAUGGAGGGGCACAGUUUGAGGGCUGUGAUGACGAUUGCUUAGACGAACCAUGGGGGUCCUGCGAAAUGCCGUUGAGUUGUGAUCUACCUGUGGAUCAGGUCGUGUAUGCCCUGGAGGACUUUGAUUUGUUGGCGGACAUGUUGUCGUUGCAGUUGCCUUCGGAGCAACACCGUGGCACAUCCCCGAGAGUUCCACUUAUGGAAAGCCAUGAGGGGAAAGAUGUCGCUGUUUCACUGGCCACCACAGCUGCUGCUUCUGCUGGUGUUCAUGUUGGCGGCGAUUAUAAUGCGUGCAACGAGGAACAAGAACAGCGACAGCAAGGGGAAGGCGAGGAAGGGGAGGGGAAGGUAGUGGCAGAGACGUGUAGUGCUGAUGGUGACCUCAGUGUGGUUCGCUCAUACCAGAAGCGGGUCGAGAGUGACUCUCUCUCAGCGGAAGGGGUGCUGCGCGCCCUUGAAGCAGACUACGCACCACCGGGGCGCGUGGUGGUCCUAACGACAAACCACCCGCAACGGCUGCCCGCCGCUUUGUGGCAGCCAGGUGUGCUGACGUUCGUGGUGCACAUGAGCAACAUGGACGCGGCAACGGCGAUGGAGUUUGUUGCGCACUACUGCCACGACUCGUUAACGCCAGAGCUACGCGCGCGAUUCGAGGCACUCUUUGCACGCGGCGAGACGGAGGCAGGGGUCAUAAGCCCCGCGUCGCUGGAGCACAUGCUGCAGGCGUGCGGCGACGCGGAGGCGUUGCUGGAGGAGUUGGAGAAACGCUUUUAG